UGUGAUCUGAAACAACAGGUUCAGAAAGGCCCAGACAUAUUUUGUGGUUCAAAGUCAGGUUAGAUUUGUGUUUCCAGGUAUUUCUCUCUCUACAACAAGAUGGAUUUGACCUCAACUGAAGACUGCAGCUCUCCUGUUGUCAGCGACCUGAGGAUCGUCCUGCUGGGGAAGACUGGAUCAGGAAAGAGUGCCACAGGGAACACCAUCCUGGGACGACAAGCUUUUACCUCAGAGAUUUCUCCGUCUUCUGUGACAGACACAUGUGAAAAAGACACCGGCCACUUUAAUGAAAGAACUGUGACUGUGGUCGACACCCCUGGGGUCUUUGACACAUUGAUAAAGGAGAGCCAGUUGAAAUGUGAACUAGAGAAAUGUAUCAUGCUGUCUGACCCAGGACCCCACAUAUUCCUGCUAGUAAUCAGACUGGAUGUACGUUUCACUGAAGAGGAGAAGAAGGCCAUCAAGUGGAUCAAGGACAACUUUGGUGAGGAAGUCUCCAAAUAUACACUGGUGCUGUUCACGAGGGGAGAUGAGCUCAAGAGACACACUGACAGUGUACAGGUGGGUAAAUUAAAAGUUUCUCUGUAG